UCAAAAAUAAAAACAGAAGUGAACAAAAUAUUAGUAAAAUUUAAAUUAUAAUAUUUUAAAAUUCCUGAAGAGUGCUGCGUAAUGUGAUAUUAUAAGGAUUACAAAUAUCAUUUAAAUUUCAUAUGGCUUGUACUUUGUUGGUUAAAAAGUUUAUCUUAAUUUCCCACUAAUUUCCAGUGUGGACAAUCUAAGUUCAUCAGAUAAGUGAAAAGAAAAUGCAAGAUUUGCUAGAAAAACUCACAGUUUACGGCGUGGGGAAACGGAAACUUGAUGAUGUCUUAUUCGUGAAUGAGUUUCCGCCUAAGGUUCUCGGGGUUUAUGAUGUUGAUGAUGAAGAGCUAUGCCAUGAAAUAAUAACAUCAACAUGCUCGAUACCAGGAUGUAAAUACACAACUGACUCCUUGUUGGAUUUCGAGAAUCAUUACAACUCUAGGCAUAGGUACUCAUGCUGUGAAUGUAAGAAGAUACUGCCUUCACCACACUUGCUCGAUCUUCAUUUACAAGAAACGCACGACUCCUUCUUUGCAGUUAGUGCUUUAAAAAAGCCAUCGUAUUGCUGUUACAUAGAAGAAUGUAAAGAGAAGUUUUUGUCACCAGAUGAAAGAAUGGAUCAUGGUGUAAAAAUUCACAAAAUACCUAAAGACUUUAGAUUCGAUCAAAAGCCAAAGAAAAAGAAAAACAAAUCUGAUGCAAUGGAUGUGGAUACUGAGAAGAAAUUCAUGUUUUGCAAUAACAGGAACAAAAGUUUUAAAUAUUCGGGCAAAAAGUUUACAAAUGACACAAAGGCUAACAGUUCAGUUGACAUUGACAUGGUUGUGAACAGUUUAAGGGAAAACUUACCACAAUAAAACAUUAUUUCUGA